GAGGUGAGAAAUACAGAAAUGUGUCAUUUCUAUCACAUGGAUUGAACUGUGAUUAUAGUUACUUUAUGUACUUAAGUUACUGCCACUCAUUCAUCACCGGGGAAUAAAAGGUCACAGUCAUUUGUUUUUUUACAUGGGUCCUGCUGUCACUCACAUUGCAUCUCAUCCUGAGAUUGUGACAUGACCACAUUAUUGCAUCGUUCCCUUCUUUGGCUACAUAUUGGUUUUUUUUGUCUUACUGAAGGAUUAUAACAACUUUAAUGUGAAGAGCAAAGCCAGUGAGUGUUUGUAGGAUGUGCUUAGUUUUACCCAGUGACCAGUAAGACUUGUAAGAAGUCACUUCAGUGUCUCAUCCUCCUCUGCUGAGCUGGUUGAGUUCAGCCCCUUCUCCCUCUGGACGAUACUGCCACGACACUGAUCUGAUGUUGCUUUUGCUUCUCAAUCAGUGGUAAACAUUUUAAUUGGGUAGCUCUUUCCCCACCCAGUCUGUCUCACCCCCUCCCUCCCCGACUGCCAGGCGGGCAGAGAGUGAGUUUAACACGUAUCCCCAUAUGGGGCUAAGCUUUAUCCAUAUGGUGUCGUCCAACACAGCUACACGCUCACCCGCUGAUUAAUACAGCACGUGUUAGCUGGCUUUGUGUUUGAGAGAUAAGUGCGCAGAAUCAUCCCAAAUGUGUGUGGUACUUUUUUUUUUUUUAAUCCGGAACUCUUUUUUUCGACAUUUACCACUUCCCUUUAACACAUUGAGGCAAGUGGAUCUCCAGUGUGCACAGGCUUGGAGGCACGUGUACACCCACUGCCAGACACAUGGAUGUGCACGUGCACACACCUGCACGAACCAGCAGACAUCACGACCGGAGGCGUUCCCUCACCCUCACAGACUCCCAGCAGAAGGCAACCGUCUUGGAACAAACCGACCCUGCUCACAGAAGUUUGGCCCUGGUGUAGGGACCUUGCCUCAGCUUGAGCCACCAGUGGUCCAGGUGGUGGUCAGCAAUGCCAAAAACCAACACCAGCAGUCGGACAACAUCCUGCCCCAAAUUGCCAACAAAGGGGGCCAAAACAACUAUCAGACACACCCGGAUGAGAGGCCGAAGCCCACCCAGCAGUUCGCCAUGCGGUUUGGUGCUGCAAUGGAUAAAGUAUCAGUCUCCCGCAACAGCAAGAUUUUCAGCAACAAACUGGAGAAAGAGAGGUCAUAUGAGGGACAAAGGUUACCCAUGUCCCCCAUAGAGGCACUGAAGAACUUCCAGGAGCGGCUGACGGAGUUAGAGCAGGAGGAAAUCAUGGACUAUGCAGAGAUCUGGUUCCUGGGUCUGGGCUCUCAGAAGAUCGAGGGUUCCCAAGGUGCACCACAGAACUCUGGAUAUGAUGACGAGCAUGGAAGCUACAUCAGGGUGCUGCAUGACCACAUUGGCUACAGGUUUGAAGUGCUUGAAGUGAUUGGGAAAGGCUCCUUUGGGCAGGUCCUGAAAUGUCUGGACCACAAGAACAAUGAACUCGUAGCCAUCAAGAUGAUACGUAAUAAGAAAAGGUUUCAUCACCAAGCUCUGGUUGAGCUGAAAAUUCUGGAUGUAAUAAAGAGGAAAGACAAAGACAACCUCCACAACGUCAUCCACAUGAAGGAGUACUUUUACUUCAGAAAUCACCUGUGCAUCUCCUUUGAGCUUCUCGGGGUGAACUUGUAUGAGCUCAUCAAAAAAAAUAACUUCCAGGGCUUCAGUCUCGCUCUCAUCCGUCGGUUCACCCAUGCUCUUCUCAGGUGCCUGCAGAUGCUGCACAGGGAGAAGAUUAUCCACUGUGACCUUAAACCGGAGAACAUCCUUCUGUCUCAGCGAGGGCCAGGGAACAUCAAGGUGGUUGACUUUGGAUCAAGCUGUUAUGAACAACAAAGGGUGUACACCUACAUCCAGAGUCGCUUCUACCGCUCUCCAGAGGUCAUCCUGGGUCAGCCCUACAGCAUGGCCAUUGACAUGUGGAGUCUGGGUUGCAUCCUUGCUGAACUCUACACAGGCUAUCCUCUCUUCCCAGGAGAGAGCGAAGUGGAGCAGAUAGCAUGCAUAAUGGAGGUUCUUGGAAUGCCUCCAAAUGAUUUUGUUCAGUCAGCAUCCAGGAGGAGGUUGUUCUUUGACUCAAAAGGAAACCCCAGGAACAUCACUAAUAGCAAGGGAAAGAAGAGGAGACCCAACUCCAAGGAGCUGUCAACUGCGUUGAAAACCAAUGAUGCUUUGUUCUUAGACUUCAUCAAACGCUGCCUCACUUGGGAUCCAACCAAGCGUAUGACUCCUGAUGAGGGGUUACAGCAUGAGUGGAUCCUGGAGGGAAAUUUCAACAAAGUCCGGCCAAGAACCAGGCCAACGGUGAAGAAGGCCUCCGACAGUUCGACCAGCACAGACAAUAGCAGUGAGCACAGUUUCCACAAACAAGCUAACAGCAAGCCUGCGGAGAACGUCAGCUCAGAGAGCAGCACUACUGACAAGCUGAAGAGAGACGGUUCAGCAACAGGAACUCAGAUGGCCCCUGCCGAGCGUCUGCGGCCGAUCGGGGCCUCAGCGGAGGAGGAGGUGUGUGACAAUGAGGGCAAGCUCUCCACGGACACCAACCAGCAAGAAGGAGGCGGAGAGAGGCCCAUUCACAUCAUCAUCAAGCCUCAAAAGGAAGCGGACACAGAGAGAAAAGAUAGCCAGGAACCGUCUCAGCGUUUGCCCCCUAUCAUCUAACAGUCAAAGGGAAUCGGGCUGCGUUCAAGUGGGAACUGGGGAUGUUCAGACUCACUUGAGAGUAAUUGAGUUGUUUAAGUGGAAGUAAAUGGACGUUUGAGAUAAGGUUGCAUUUGUUUGUCCCUGCACAUACAGAAAAUUAAAAGAUCCUUUACGCUCUCAUUUGCUACAAACACUGCCAUGUUGCUUUGGUAUCCACGUGACGUCACAAAACAACAUGUUAGAAAAGUCAGAACCAGAGAUAAGUCUGAGUUUCUGAGUUUCAAGUUGGAGAGCAGCUCAAGUGGAUGUUUCCUACUGACAGGUAGGAAACAAACCAGUUCCCACAUGCUGUGAACAAAAUAGUGACAUAUGGAGGGGACACACUGAUCAUCAUCUAUUUAUUGUUUUAAGUAUACAGUCAUAGUGUAUUAUUUAUUUCUGUGGAACUUUGAGUUUGUAUGACAGUGAAGUCAAUCAACCAGUUGUACUUUUUUUUAUAAAGGAGUUAAGAUGCAGUUGCAGGCAGGCAUUUUGUUUUAAUGUGUCACAACUGAGACAUCACAUUGUCUGCCACAUAAGAAUACACAUGUUGAAUUUAGAUCAAAUGGUUAAAAACCUAAUGCAUAGUUGACUCCUGUAUUAUUUAUUGAACCCAAUCUUUGCUGUGCAUUGAAAUUUUUGAUAAACAGGUUAGACUUUAAACAAUUUUUACUUUUCUCAGUUUCCAUAUUAAAAGUAGCUGACUUUAAAAAGUGCAUGGGUAGAAAAUUGAUCAAAUCUUUGUUUUUGCUUUUUAUUCAUUUUUCUUUUGGACAUUUUAGCAUUACUUUCAUAAUGAGAAAAUAUUUGUGUGCAAUAAAGGCUGAGCCAAAAUGUUUUUUUAAUCAUGUUAACAAAGAAAUAAUUGUCGUGUACUUUUUAAUUGUAGAACACAGUUAAUGACAUAUUGAUUAUUAAUGAUUUCACUUAUUUAUUAUGGAAUAUGUUUGAUCGUAUGUUUCAUAUUUGUUCAACAAUUUAAUUCAACAAUCAAAAAAUAUGUAUUUAUAAUAGAAUUUAUUGUAUAUAUUCUGUCAUUUCCUAUGUAUGUGUAAUACAGAACAUAUUUUAAGAAUAUAUUUCAGAUAUUUGUGGAGGGUUUAGACAAGGUUUUACUUGUUGUGUUGUUUCUGUAUGAAAACAUUUUGUAUGUCUGUGUAAUUCAUAAUAUUUUUUAUAUUAGAAACAAAAGGACAAUCCUAUUAUUAAUAGUCUGUGCCUUGCAGUAUUAGAAAUCUUGCACUUUACUGUGUGUGUACACCUGGAUUAGAAACCAAUGGAUUCUUACCUGUCAAACAGACAAGGGUGCGGACUACCCUGCCAGAUCCCUUUUAUUUGACAAAAUGAUGUCUCAUCUAAUACAAAACAUAAUGAAGCAAUUGUUUCAUUAUUAACCAUCUUUUUUCAAUUGAUUUAUGUCUUCAGUCGCCAACAGAGAUCCCGUUUAAAUUGAAGAUGGUUCCGUGCCCACACUAUCUAUUAGCUAAGCAACCAGAGAUCCAGAGAGAGUGGAUUGUAGCUGAAAUAAGAAAAGUCAAGAAUGUUAAUUUUUAUGUCUUAGAUGAUGAAAUAAAAAGUUGUGUCAAAGAGCAAA